UUCUUUCACCAUAACAACAAGUGUCAAGCUUUCAAUGGCGGCGAUGUAAACAUAUUUUGAAGAUUAAACAUUUAAAUUUAAAGAAUUCUACGUUCACAGAGAAGGAAAUUGACAAGAUUUCAAAAUGACUGUUAAUUUAGAGGAAUACUUUAGAACAACAUUUGAGGAUAAACUCCUCGUUAAAAUGCCUGAGAGAGAAGAUGACCAUCUCACUCCAGCAACAAGACUUCUUGAAAAAAGAAGAGAAAUGCAGGAAGUGGAGCAAGCACUUGCAGCUCAGAAAGAGGAAUUUCAAAUGAAAAUGGAAAGCUUGCAACAGAGAAGAGAAGAACUUGAAAGAAAGGAGUGUCAGCUAAAGGAAUCUUUAUUAAAGUUUGACCACUUUCUAAAGGAAAAUGAUUCAAAGAAAGCCAGGGCAUUAAAAAAAGCAGAAGAGGAAAGGGAUUCCAAGAAGCAGAAGGAUAAAGAGAUUGAUAAAUUGAAGCAAGAAAGAGCAGAACUUGUUAAGUCAAAGGAAAAACUUCAAGCUAAGUUAGAAAAGUACAAAAUUUAUCACAAAUAUAUGGAAAAAGCUUUGGAGGCUGGAGAGGAGUUCCAUGAAAUGAGGGAUAUAAUUGCCAGGCAUGAUACACUGGUAGCCACUCAUGAGGAUUUAUUGGAAAGGGAAACAAAGAAUCAAGAGAUAAUUGAAAAGCAAAGACAAAACUUAUUGAAAUACAUUGAGGAAAAAGACAACGAAAUUCUUUCAUUUAACAAUGAACUCUCAGGACUUCAAACUAGGUUAGACACUGCUCAGAGUGAGGCUGUGAAGUGGGAGAAUGAAUGGACACGUAUCAAGAAUACGUCUGCUGAGAAAACAUUGGAACUUGGGAGAAUAAAAAUGGCAGCCCAUAAUUUGUACCAGUUAGUCAAGCGUCAUCAAAAGCAGUCUGCAGAUGAGGAGGAAACAUCAGAGCAAUUGAACCAGAUUCAAAUGUUUUUGGAAGAUCUGUCAGACAUUGUUCGGGAAUUAAAGCGAUCAGACACCUACAAUUCAACAUACAUUCCUCCCUCCUCCAGUUAAAGAGUUUCCAUCAUCUUUCACCAAACUAUAUAUCAUCCUUUAAAUCUAUGAACUAUUAUAUAUAUUUCUUUCAGAUAAAAAUGUUUGUGCAGGAUUUAACAACCAUUACCAAUGAAAUCAAGCGAAUGGAAUUGCCUGGAACUUCGAUUGUCCCUCCUUCUUCUAGUUGAUUUGAGUCAUGUUCAGUUCAAUGUUACAUAUUUAUUGUUUUGGAGAUUAAAACAAAAACAAGCAAAAAUAUUUUUAGAAUGGAAACUGGUGCAUUUUCAUUUGGCACCACUUUUAUUAUCUACAAUAUUUGGUCACAGUUUACUUGUUUUGAGUGAAGAUAUAUAAGCAGAUUCAACAAGAUUUAAUUAAUUUCCUCAAAAAACAAAUUUUAGUUGAGGAAUUAGUGUUCCGGCCACCAUGUGUGCAACUGUCUAUCACCUACAUGUAGCUGUGAUACUGUGUGUAUAACUGCCAAUUCUAGGAAUGAGUGGAUAUGGAUGAAGAGUGCAAGAUUUAUUUUCUUUGGUUUGUUAACUGAAUGUUUUUUAUGUUUAUAAUCAGAAAAUAUACAUUUUGUUCACUUUGUUAUACAAUAAAUGAAUUAUAGAUGUAUGA